GUCGAUUCUACGUCAAAUAGAAAUUACCAUUUUUGUUUGUAAUUUUGUAAAUUUGUAAUUCCAAUAUAGUGUAGUGAAAAGAGAUUGGAGCAAAUAAAUACGAUUAUAAUGACAAUCUUUUUAUAGAUUGAAUAAAAUGGCAUUUUUAGAGUGGCGUCGAUUUACAUUCUUUGACAUUCAUAAGAAUGUAGAUAAUGGAAAAAUAGCUGAAUGUCUUCAAGAUACAAAUGUAACAGUAGCCACUAGCGGUAACAAUCAUGUGAUCAUUUGUGACGUAACUGGAUGGGCACAUCUUAUCUCUCGUUCCUGGGAGAUCACGUCAUUCAAAGCAUAUGAUUUGACAGUUUCUUUGGCUCAGCAGUUGCCUCAUGAUCCAUAUUUAGUCACUAUUGGGGAAGAUGAAGCUGGAGUCAUUCCACUAAUAAAAGUAUGGGAUUGGUCACGCGUCGAUCGUCAUGGAAAUCCACAGUGUGUGAGAACAACACGAGCAGUGCCUUCACACAUGUACCCAACACAAGCAACUGCAUUAGCUGUCCACGAUAAUAAAAAUCUGUUAGCAGUCGGCUUCCAAGAUGGUUCAGUGACGUUGUUCCGAGGUGAUAUAACAAGGCAAAAAAGCGGAAAGAUGAAAACUUUACCAGAGACUGGGUCCAGUCCGAUAACAGGACUAGCAUUCAAAGGAGCAGACAAGUUGUUCGUGGUAUCCAGGGCAUGCGUGAUGGUGUGCUGGACCAGCAGCGAGCGCUGCGUGGUGCUGGACGCGAUGGGCGCCGCGCCCGCCUGCAGCGUGCUGGCCGACUCGCACCGCCUCACCGUCGCCACCACUGACGCCAUAUAUUGCUACACAACCGAAGGUCGCGGACCAUGCUACGCCCUCGAGGGAGAGAAACUUCGUCUUAACUGGUUCCGUAGCUACUUAGUUAUCACCACCAACGAAACGUCUAACAAAGCCUCAAGUUCCUCAAACACCCCAAAAUCACACCAUUUGACUAUACUAGACAUUCAGAACAAGUUUAUUGUAUUUUCAAAGUCAUUUGACGAAAUAGAUGCUGUGCUAACAGAAUGGGGUUCGUUUUACAUCUUGACAAAGAAUAAAGAGAUGAUUUAUUUGGAGGAAAAGGAUUUGCAGUCGAAACUGUCGUUGUUGUUCAAGAAGAAUCUCUAUGAUGUAGCGAUAAGGAUAGCAAGCAGUCAGCAUUAUGAUGCUGAAGGUUUGACGGAGAUUUAUAAGCAAUAUGGCGACCAUCUGUAUAACAAGGGUGACCUAAAGAGUGCCAUAGAUCAAUACGUAAAAACGAUAGGUUGGCUUGAAACCUCGUAUGUUAUUCGUAAAUAUCUCGAGUCUAGACACUUAGAACCUCUUGUACAAUACUUAGAAGUGCUACACAAGAAAGGCUAUGCUACAGAGGAUCAUACAACAUUACUGUUAACCUGCUACGUCAAGAUAGACCAGCAUGACCAUCAAGGAAAGUUAAAAGAGUUCAUCAAUUCGAAGGACAAAGCUAUAGAUUUUGAUGUUGAUGUCGCUAUCAAGGUUGUUCGUCAAGUAAGCAUAGACGAUGCGCUCUCUCUAGCGGCUAACCACAAACGACACGACUGGUAUCUCAGAAUCGUAAUAGAAGACAAAAAGGAAUUCAAACAAGCUUUAGAAUACAUCGCUAAUCUUGAAUUUGAUGAUGCGGAUAUGUAUAUGAAAAAAUAUGGUCACAAGUUGAUUCAGAACGAACCGGAAGAAAGUACGAAUCUGCUUAAGUUGUUAUGCACGGAUUACAAACCUCGUAACCGACCGCUAGUCGACGAGAACGCCCUCACAGGCAAUUUUAAAGAACCAGAUAGAGCUAUGCCCGAUGACUAUGUGCACAUGUUUUUGAGUAAUUCGGAAAGAUUGAUUGAUUUCCUGGAACAUAUGAUCGCUACUGAUGCGGCUAAUUGUUCAAGCUUGGUAUAUAACGCUUUAAUUGAGCAUUAUUUACAUGUUUGGGCGAAGUCACCCGAAAGUGAUAAGAAAAAAUAUGAACUGAAAGUUCUUACAGUAUUAAAGGAUCCAGACGCUGAUUACGACAAAGACCAAACUCUUAUAAUCUGUCAAAUGUUAGGUUUUAAGACAGGAAUUCUACAUUUGUACGAGGAGAAAAAAUUAUGGCGAUCUCAAGUGGCGCUAUAUCUCCGGGACGGCGAGGCGGAGCUCGCGCUAAGUGUGUGCAGGCGCCGCGGCGCCGCGUGCCCGCGCCUGUGGCUCGACGUGCUGUGGGCGCCGCCGCCGGCCCGCUGUCUGCCGGAGCUGCUGCGCGUCGUGGAUAGUGAAAAAUUACUAUCACCUAUUCUAGUCAUCGAUUGCCUCGCUAGCACACCCACCUACACCCUAGGCGACGUUCGCAAAUAUUUAAUGGACGUUCUGAAAUCAGAAGACGAAGUCAUAACCCGCGAACAAGAAUUAGCUGCUAAAUAUAAAAGUGAAAUCGAAAAAAUGAAAGCUCAAAUCCAUACCAUUCAAAACGAAGCACUCACCUUCCAAAGUUCGCGAUGUGCCGCUUGUAAUAGACUUUUGGAACUGCCUACUGUGCAUUUCCUCUGCCAACACUCUUUCCAUCAAGAUUGCUUCCAAACGUACUCGGAGUCAGAGCGCGAGUGCCCCGCGUGCGCCAGCGCCGCGCCGCCGCCGCGCCCCCCUCCCGCCGGCGCCGAGCUGCUGCACUCGCGUCUCAGAGCCGACCACGACCCGUUUGCCGUAGUAUCGGAGUACUUCGGACGAGGUCUAUUCAAUAAGCUAACGGUCGUGACGGAACCUCCGGAAUCUUCCGCACCUGUACCCGCUCCUAUACCUGCACCUGUACCUACACCUACACCUGCGCCUAUGAAACAAACGACCUAUGGGCCGGGUGCAGAGGCUAAGCUAAGAUUGCAAGAGGGACAGAGUAAACAAGUAUUCGUACCAAACACAGCGAAACAGGUAGCGCCGAAAGGUACAUCAGUCAUUCCAGUACCAGAAGGCAGAAUGAGGCUAAUGGAGCAACAGCAGUACAGUUCUAGUCUCGAAGCAAAUAUUACUAAAUUAGAACCAAAAAUUCACGCCCAAAAAUCCCCAUUCGCCUCGCCAAGGGUUGUGAGGAAAAAAGAGGAACCAAAGAUAUCGUCAGCCAUCGCCAAUGAAAGUAAAAAUCCCUUUGAGGAGACAUACGAUGAGUCGAAAAACCCAUUCGCAGAUGAAGAAACAAACGAUCCCACUAACCCCUUUGGUGAGGAUGAAGAUUAUGACAAAAAUCUAAAUCCAUUUUCGUGAACCACUAACAAGUGUUUGGUGAAAGCCUGAAAACUGUAUCAAGUGACGUCUGUGACGUCACGACUAUGUAAACUAUACAAUUAAGCAAACACGUUUCAUUAAUCUAUAAGUUUAAUAAUCAAUGUCUCUUUUACUUGUAUAUUGUAAUAAUGGUUUGUAUAUGAGAAAAUAAAGUCUAAAAAUUCAAUUUAAAGAGAAUUUUAGUUAUUUUAAAAGAUAAUUUAUGUGGUUCUAAUAGAUCUCAAAUUACCACAAGAAAGUUACAUAUAUGUUAUUUUAAAUAUAUAUUAAAUACUCCUAUACUGGCUAAAGAAUCAUACCUACUCUUGCACGGUUAUAUUUUUUGCAUCAACAAUAUAAAUUUGUAAUUGAAAAGGUGCUUUUCAUUGUACAUCUUGUCACACACGAAGUUACUGAAUCUACUACACAAGCCCACACAUGCCACCAACGACAAAAUAACUUGAAACAUCACAUUCCUAUAAAAAGUACAGUGUUACCUCUUUAAAGAAUCUGAUAUUAUAUACGCUACUAUGCCAUCAAAAGUUUUCUAUUGAGAAAUGUGAUAACGUAAUAAAAGAUAUAAUAAAAA